AUGUCUACGUCCUUGAUUGUGAAUAAAUACCUAGCACUUUACAAUAUAAUUGCUGCACUGCUCUGGUUUGUCAUUUUAUUUCAAACAUUACGAGAUGCGAUCAUAUUUUUGAAUCAUGAUUCUGAUGUUGAGCCUACAGCAGAAUGCAUCUACAUUUCACAUAGUUAUACUGAUUACCCUCACAAGACUCUUGUCUUGGUUCAAGUUUUUAAUGCAGUGGUCGAAAUUUCAAACGCAUUACUGGGUAUUGUGAAAUCUUCAAUUCCAACUGUAUUAUUACAAUUUUUGGCCAGAUUAUUGAUUACUAUUGGAAUUAGCUACUAUGUUCCCGAAUCAGAAGGAAAUUUUCAUUUUAUGAGCUAUAUUACUUUAUCAUUGGCAUGGUCGGUCACAGAAGUUAUCAGGUACAGUUUCUUUUCAGCUAAAUUAGUUAAAAAUGAUAUUCCUUACGGCUUACUUUGGUUACGUUAUUCAACAUUUUUCAUAUUGUAUCCAGCUGGAUUAUUUAGCGAACUGUAUGUGGUUUACUUGAGUUUAGAUUCUGUACGUGGAUACGCUUAUUAUUGGUUUCUAAUCUUUGCCCUUACUAUGUACAUUCCAGGAUUUUUCGUGUUAUAUGGAUAUAUGAUUAAACAAAGAAAGAAAGUUUUGAAUGCCAGCAAUGCUAAAAAGUUGCAAUGA